AUUUUCAGGGCUGCUGGCCGCAGACGUGCCCUCCCAUCCGCCUCGCACCAUCCUGUCAAAGAGGUUACAGCACCCGGGAUGACGCUCGCAAAAAAUGUGAUUUUGUACAAAUACUACAGCGAGUUAUGUGUUUGAGGGUUUUGCUCGGCUAUCGACAAAAUCUCGCAGCAGAAUAAGAAACGUAUGCGCCGGAGCAGCUUCGGUAUUUUCAGGGUUUCUCGAGGAGGUUGCUGGACGGGACAGCGGAGCAUCGACUGAGGUUCCCAUUGUUCAAACCACUUCCCUGAGAUGCUGCCCUGCCUGCAGAGAGUCCUGCGGCCCGCCCUCUCUCUGAGAACCGGGACUGGACUGGUCAGAUCCGGACUCAGCAACCACCAAACGCCCGUAUCAUCUCGGUUCGCCUCAGAACCCCCUCUUGCCAUGCUGGUGCAGCGGUGUGAACUGGGCACACACCCGCUGAAGGAGCCCAUGGAGCCCCUCAACUCUCCCCGGGGAGCCAAGGAGUUCAUUUACAGCCUUCACCCAUCUGAGCGCACCUGUCUGCUGCGAGAACUGCACAGGUUCGAGUCCAUAGCCAUAGCGCAAGGGCAGAUGGAAAUUGCACCACCUACUGCAGCACAGUUAAGAUAUGUUCUGCUGCACAAUGCAAUUCCUUUCGUUGGAUUUGGAUUCCUGGACAACUGCAUCAUGAUUGUUGCUGGCACACACAUCGAGUUAUCCAUCGGCGUGAUCCUCGGCAUUUCAACUAUGGCAGCUGCUGCACUUGGCAACCUGGUGUCUGAUCUGGCAGGACUUGGGCUGGCAGGGUAUGUGGAGGCCUUGGCAUCUCGGCUGGGGAUGCAGAUUCCCGACCUGAGCCCAAAACAGGCUGACAUGUGGCAGACCAGAGUCAGCUCUCACACGGGUAAAGCCAUUGGCGUUGGCAUCGGCUGUAUCCUUGAAGGAGAGAAAUACAGAGAAGCAGAGGAAGGUCGAGACAGAGAGUGGCUGAGGCAGAAAGAUAAGAACUAG